AUGCUGCUCCCGCAGCUCUGCUGGCUGCCCCUGCUCGCCGGGCUGCUGCCGCCGGCGCCCGCGCAGAAGUUCUCGGCGCUCACGUUCCUGCGAGUCGAUCAAGAUAAAGACAAGGACUGCAGCCUGGACUGCGGGGGCUCCCUGCAGAAGCCCCUGUGCGCGUCGGAUGGCAGGACCUUCCUGUCCCGCUGCGAGUUCCAGCGCGCCAAGUGCAGAGACCCUCAGCUGGAGAUCGCGCAUCGAGGAAACUGCAGAGACGUGUCCAGGUGUGUGGCCGAGAGGAAGUACACCCAGGAGCAGGCCCGCAAGGAGCUGCAGCAGGUGUUCAUCCCGGAAUGCAAUGACGACGGCACCUACAGCCAGGUGCAGUGUCACAGCUACACUGGAUACUGCUGGUGCGUCACGCCCAACGGGAGGCCCGUCAGCGGCACGGCCGUGGCCCACAAGACGCCCAGGUGCCCGGGUUCCAUAAAUGAAAAGGUGCCCCAACGGGAAGGCACAGGAAAAACAGUCUCCUUGCAAAUCUUUUCCGUUCUGAAUUCAGAUGAUGCCACAGCUCCAGCGCUGGAAACUCAACCCCAAGGAGAUGAGGAAGAUAUUGCAUCACGUUACCCCACGCUUUGGACUGAGCAAGUUAAAAGUCGGCAGAACAAAACCAGUAAGAAUGCAGUGUCCUCAUGUGACCAGGAGCAGCAGUCAGCCCUGGAGGAGGCCAGGCGGCCCGAGAGCGACAACGUGGUGAUCCCCGAGUGCGCCCACGGUGGCCUCUACAAGCCGGUGCAGUGCCACCCCUCAACUGGCUACUGCUGGUGUGUCCUGGUGGACACCGGACGCCCCAUCCCCGGAACGUCCACCAGGUAUGAACAGCCAAAAUGCGACAACACGGCCCGGGCUCACCCAGCCAGAGCGAGGGAUUUGUACAAAGGCCGCCAGCUCCAAGGUUGUCCUGGUGCCAAAAAGAAUGAAUUCCUGACGAGCAUUUUGGACGCGCUGUCCACCGACAUGGUCCACGCGGUCUCCGACCCCUCCUCCUCCGGCAGGCUUUCCGAGCCCGACCCCAGCCACACGCUGGAGGAGCGAGUGGUCCACUGGUACUUCAAGCUACUGGACAAAAACUCCAGCGGGGACAUCGGCAAGAAGGAGAUUAAGCCCUUCAAGAGGUUCCUUCGGAAAAAGUCAAAACCCAAAAAAUGUGUGAAGAAGUUUGUUGAGUACUGCGACGUGAACAACGACAAAUCCAUCUCCGUGCAGGAGCUGAUGGGCUGUCUGGGGGUGACGAAAGCAGAAGCCCCUAGAGCCAACUCGGAAGGCGCCGCUAACAGACAGCCGAGGAAGCAAGGAUAGUGGCUCACACAGCCAAGGCCGUCCUAGACAUGUGGGAGACUCCCUCACCAAAAGGCAAUUAAAAAACAAAACAAAACAAAAAC